AAAAGGGCUGUAGCCUGUAGGAGAGAUGCAUGUGCCUACGCCUACUGCCAGAAGUUAUAGAUAUGAAGGGCUGCUGCGGCUGCAAACACUUGCAGAGAAUUGAAAACGAAGAGGACAUUGAAUGAAGACCAAUUAUAAGCCCAGAUUAAAGAAACACGAUUUGCUUAACUGGGUACAGCGAAAAAACCAAAUUUGCGUGGUUAGCCAAAAAGAGUGACGUAUGUGGAGCUGACUUCAGUUUGGUGUUAUCAUGCGGCAAACUUUGCUUGAAGCAGUUCUGAUGUGCAGACUAGAUCAAUCGUUUAUUGUGAUCUCGAUUAUUAAUCUGUAUUAGGGAACGAAAUGGAUGAGAGAUUGUCAGAGGUAGAGCCUGUUGUUUCAAUAUGGGACAGAAUUUCCAACUUAAAGAAAAUGGCUUGGGAAGCUUACAAAAGAAAGUCAAUAUCUCAUUGGAUUCUUCUGGUAUUGAGCAGUGCAGCAAUGCUUGUGGCAUUUCCUGCAUCAAGCCUUCUAUCUCGAGUCUAUUAUGAUAACGGUGGCACCAGCAAGUGGAUCAUUUCGUGGGUGGCGGUGGCUGGAUGGCCUUUGACUGCUUUAAUAUUACUGCCUACAUAUGUCUUUCUCAAAACUUAUCCCACUCCUCUUGAUAUAAAACUCACCCUUUCUUACAUAGUUCUGGGAUUUCUGAGUGCUGCUGACAACCUCAUGUAUGCAUAUGCCUAUGCCUACCUUCCGGCAUCUACUGCUGCUCUUAUAGCAUCAUCAUCCCUGGUUUUCUCUGCAUUAUUUGGAUAUGCUAUCGUGAAUAAUAAACUGAACGCUUCAAUGAUAAAUGCUCUUGUGGUAAUCACUGCUGCUAUGGCUAUAAUUGCAUUGGAUUCAGACUCUGAUAGAUACAGCAAUGUCACUGACAAACAAUACAUCAUGGGGUAUGUCUGGGAUAUCCUGGCAUCAGCCUUUCAUGGACUCAUCUUUGCUCUAUCAGAGCUAGUAUUUGUGAAGCUAUUGGGCAGAAGGUCUUUCCAUGUUGUAUUGGAGCAACAAGUCAUGGUUUCUUUAUUUGCCUUUGUGUUUACCACCAUAGGAAUGAUUGUGAACAAAGAUUUCCAGGGGAUGAAAUCCGAGGCCAAAGCAUUUGAAGGCGGUGCUAGUGCAUAUUACGAGGUUCUCAUAUGGGGUGCCAUCACUUUUCAGUUGGGGAUAUUAGGAGGCACUGCUGUGCUUUUCUUGGCGUCCACUGUGAUGGCUGGUGUUCUCAAUGCGGUAAGGGUCCCUAUUACCAGCAUUGCUGCGGUUAUACUGCUGCAUGAUACCAUGAGUGGUCUCAAGAUCCUCUCACUGCUUAUUACCUUCUGGGGAUUUGCUUCCUACAUCUAUGGAAGUUCCUCGGUGAGUAAAGAUUCUUCCUCAUAGUACAUUAAUAAUUUUGGAUUGAUUCCUUCUUCUUUCUGCUUUGUAAGUGUGUAUCAUGUGCCUUUAUGGUACAUAAAAGCUUUGUAAGUGUGUAUCGUGUGCCUUUACGGUACAUAAAAACUUUGCUUACCAGUUAUUUCUUGAGUCAGAUGCUGUAAUGCACGCUUUGCAGGUUUGUAGAAGGUCGGCCUUAUGGCACAAUUAGAGUUGUAUAUGUAUAUAGUCUCAAUAUAAUAUUGUACCAAAAUUUGGACUGUU